UAAACCCUAGCUUCGUCUUGGCCUUCUGUUCAAAAACCCUGUCUUUUCUUCUUGCAGUGCCUUCAAUGGCGACCCUUCCCUUCAAGAGAAACUACCGUUGCGUUCCCUUCCUUCAACGGUUCUACGAAGGUGGGGCGUUUGUAGUAGCAGCUGACGGUUCUUUCAUCGCCUGUGCAUGUGGCGACUCGAUAAAGAUUGUCGAUUCGGACACUGGAGCCAUUCGGUCGACCGUGGAGGGUGGUGAGUCUGAGGUAUUCACCGCUCUCGCACUGAGUCCAAAUGAUAAGUUGCUAUUCUCUGCGGGUCACAGCAGGCAGAUUAGAGUAUGGGACCUCUCGACGAUGAAGUGUGUUCGGUCUUGGAAGGGGCAUGAUGGUCCUGUGAUGGGUAUGCAUUGCCAUUUAUCUGGGGGAUUGUUAGCAACUGCAGGAGCCGACAGGAAGGUCCUUGUUUGGGAUGUCGAUGGUGGCUUUUGUACUCAUUAUUUCACGGGUCACAAAGGGGUUGUUUCUAGCAUUCUAUUUCAUCCUGAUCCUAAUAAACAAUUGCUUUUCUCUGGAAGUGAGGAUGGGAACAUUCGAGUUUGGGAUCUUAUGUCUAAGAAGUGCAUUGCUACACUUGGUCAUGAAUCAACUGUGACUUCAUUUUCUAUAUCUGAAGAUGGUUGGACCUUACUAAGUGCUGGAAGAGAUAAGGUUGUGAACUUGUGGAACUUGCAUAAUUAUACCUGCAAGAAGACUGUACUAACAUACGAAGUUCUUGAAGCUGUACUUGUAAUUCAUUCUGGAUCAGAGUUUGCUUCCUGUGUUGGUUCUUUCAGUCAAAAAAGAGAGGAAACUAGCGGGUCCCCAGAAAUUUAUUUUAUCACUGUUGGAGAACGUGGGGUUGUUCGUUUAUGGAGUUCCGAGAGUGCAGUUUGCUUGUUUGAGCAAAAGUCCUCAGAUGUUUCUCUCAAGGACGAUGACCAGAAUAGGGGCUUUACUGCUGCUGCUUUGUUGCCUUCUGAUCGAGGAUUGCUUUGUGUGACUGCUGAUCAGCAGUUUCUUUUUUAUUCUCCAGUGAAAACCUUGAAAGACAAGUUGAGUUUGAUGAUAAGCAAGAGGCUGACAGGUUAUAAUGAAGAGAUUGUAGAUAUGAAGUUCUUAGGUGACGACGAACAAUUUCUUGCAGUUGCCACCAAUGUUGAACAGAUACGGGUUUAUGAUGUUGCUUCCAUGUCUUGUUCGUACAUAUUGGCUGGUCACACCGAUAUAGUUCUUUCUCUUGACUCCUGUGUAUCAAGCUCUGGAAGCACGCUUAUUGUUACUGGAAGUAAAGACAAUAACGUUAGGUUGUGGGAAGCAGAGAGCAAAACUUGCAUUGGUAUUGGUAUCGGUCACAUGGGAGCAGUUGGAGCAGUUGCAUUUUCAAAGAAGCAACGGGACUUCUUUGUUAGUGGCAGUAGUGAUCGUACUCUUAAGGUGUGGAGUUUUGAUGGUCUUUCAGAGGAUGCAAACAAGCCCAUUAGUUUGAAAGCUAAGGCCGUUGUAGCUGCCCAUGACAAGGAUAUCAAUUCCCUGGCAGUUGCACCAAACGACAGUUUAGUUUGUAGUGGUUCUCAGGACCGAACUGCUUGUGUUUGGAGGCUUCCUGAUCUGGUAUCUGUAGUUGUGCUCAGAGGACAUAAAAGGGGGAUUUGGUCUGUAGAGUUUUCUCCAGUUGAUCAAUGUGUGGUCACUGCUUCUGGUGAUAAAACUAUCAAGAUAUGGGCAAUAUCAGAUGGUUCCUGCUUGAAAACAUUUGAAGGUCAUAUGUCAAGUGUGUUAAGGGCUUCUUUUCUUACUCGUGGCACCCAACUUGUAUCUUGUGGUGCUGAUGGAUCAGUAAUGAUAUGGACAGUAAAAACAGAGGAGCGGAUUGCUACCUACGAUCAGCAUGAAGAUAAGGUGUGGGCAUUGGCUGUGGGAAAGAAGACAGAGAUGCUUGCUACGGGUGGUAGUGAUGCUGCUGUCAAUCUAUGGUAUGAUUCUACUGCAUCUGAUAAAGAGGAAGCUUUGCGUAAAGAGGAAGAAGGUGUUUUGAAAGGCCAGGAGCUGGAAAAUGCUGUUUCAGAUGCUGACUACUCAAAAGCGAUUCAAAUUGCCUUUGAACUUCGUAGGCCACAUAGGCUAUAUGAGUUAUUUUCUCAACUUUGCAGCAAGAAUGAUUGUGAUAAUCAUGUUGGGAAGUCCCUUGGUGUCCUUGGAAAGGAGGAGUUUCGUCUUUUAUUCGAAUAUCUUAGAGAAUGGAAUACCAAGCCUAAACUUUGCCACGUUGCACAAUUUGUGCUUUUCAGAGCUUUCAGCAUCCUUCCUCCAACAGAGAUCACUGAGAUCAAAGGUAUUGGGGAACUACUUGAAGGUCUAAUCCCAUAUUCCCAAAGGCAUUUUAGCAGGAUAGACAGGCUUGUAAGAAGCACAUUUUUGUUGGACUACACACUGACUGGAAUGUCAGUGAUUCAACCAGACACUGAUGCCAAAGUUUCUAAUGACAAGCCCCCAGUUGACAUCAGUAUGAAGACCGCAGCAGAUAUAAUGCUUUUGAGUGAACAUACCGACGAGCAGAACUCGACACCUAAUGAGCUGGAAGAUAAGGCUUCUUCCAAGAAGCGAAAAUCUAACACAAAGUCUAAAAGUAGAUCAAAAAAGAAAGCUAAGGGGGGUGUAGCAUAUACUGAAGUUGCAGCUAUACCGUUAACCUCGUAAAACAAGUUCAGAUGCUUGAUUUGAAGCCAUUAUUAGCCUCAAACCGGGUGUGUUUUCUCGGUUUCUCCAUGCAUUCUUGCCGGUGGUGCGGACAAGUUGUGAGAUGCUGAAUCUGUAUCAAAAGAAUGUCUAACUGAUGAACAGCAUUGUACUGUUCUCCCAUGUCUCUACUUCACCAUGGUGGCUCCGCAGCAUCGGCUUCACUUUUGGUGACAAAAUUUUGCUCUAAUUAUAAGCUUAUGAAGUUACAACAAUGGUUCGAAAUCUGAGCGAGUUAGUUACUGUUCAUAAAUCUUUUAUUACAUGAGAUGGCAUGUUCCAAUUCAGAAAUUGUUGCAUAUAGAAGAUUAGCUUUAGGGAUUUUGUAAGGGGAUGAGAUGAGAUUUAUUCAAACAAAUUUGUGAGUACUCUUGUGGAUGGGGCCACCGUGUGAUGAAAUAGUUUGAUUCCUUCAUGUCUA